GCCUCCUGACUGCUCCCAGGAAGCCGCUGCACCACAGACAGCCACCAGGUUGCCCCUCUCUGCUUCAGGUACCUCUCUCCUCUCAGUCUGCUGGCCCUGGGUUCCUCUCGACCUGACAAGAGGAGGAAUCUGACAGCCUGCUAUACUUCAUGCUUCUUUCUGCAGCUAGCAAGACUUGAGUUAGACAAGCAGAAGCAUACGCUUCCCUACCUCAUGGCGACAGAAAACGGAGCAGCCGAGCUGGGAAUCCAGAGCUCACCAACAGACAAGGCACCUGAAGGUGCAGCAGGCGAAGGACCCCUGGCUCCAGAGAAAGACCCUGGCCCCCCAGACCCAAAGAAAGAAUCUGCUCCCCCCACCCUGAAGGAAGGUGCCAAAAUUCCUGCCUCAGAGAAAGGGGAUGAGGCCCUGGCCAAACCCUCAACUGGCAGCGAGGGCCCCGAGGGAGAAGGUGACUUGGGCGAGGGUCCUGCGGAAGGCAGUGUGGGGCAGCCGGCAGCCCUGCCCCAGCAGACCCAGACUCUCGAAGCUGAGGCCAGCGCCAAGAAGCCCAAAGAGGAUGACAAUCAGGGCACCUCAGGCAGCCAGGAUCCCGGAGAGCCCAAGGCAGGAAAGAAAGCGGCAGAGAGCCAAGCAGAGGCCAGGAGUGGCUUACCCCCAUUUCUACACAGCCCCAGCUGCCCUGCUGUCAUCUCCAGCCCUGAGGACUUGCUGGCCAAGAAGCCCCCAAAUGAGGCAUUGGAGCUCGUCUUUGAAGGGGUGCCCGUAACCCCUGGCCCCACAGAUCCUGAAGCAGCCAAGGAAGCAGAAGAGAAAAACAUCCUGGAAGGCAGCCAGGAGGAAGCAGGAGAGAAGGCCUCAGGCCAGGCUGGCCAGGCUAACGUGCAAGGGGACACCUCGAGGGGGAUCGAGUUCCAGGCUGUGCCCCCGGAGAGAUCGGAGGUGGGGCAGGCCCUCUGUCCCACAGCCAGGGAGGAGGACUGCUUCCAGAUUUUGGACGACUGCCCACCACCCCCGGCCCCCUUCCCCCACCGCAUUGUGGAGCUGAGGACCGGGAAUGUCAACAGCCAAUUCAUCAUGAACUCCAAGGAGGCGCUGGGCGGCGGCAAGUUUGGAGCAGUCUGUACCUGCACAGAGAAAGCCACAGGCCUCAAGUUGGCAGCCAAGGUCAUCAAGAAACAGACACCCAAAGACAAGGAAAUGGUGAAGCUUGAGAUCGAGGUUAUGAACCAGCUGAACCACCGCAAUCUGAUCCAGCUCUACGCGGCUAUUGAGACGCCACAGGACAUCAUCCUGUUCUUGGAGUACAUCGAGGGCGGCGAGCUCUUCGAGAGGAUUGUGGAUGAGGACUAUCAGCUGACCGAGGUGGACACCAUGGUGUUUGUCAGGCAGAUCUGCGAUGGGAUCCUCUUCAUGCAUAAGAUGCGGGUUCUGCACCUGGACCUCAAGCCAGAGAACAUCCUGUGUGUCAAUACCACGGGCCAUUUGGUGAAGAUCAUUGACUUCGGACUGGCACGGAGGUAUAACCCCAACGAGAAGCUGAAGGUGAAUUUCGGGACCCCAGAGUUCCUGUCACCUGAAGUGGUGAAUUACGACCAAAUCUCCGACAAGACAGACAUGUGGAGUCUGGGGGUUAUCACCUACAUGCUGCUGAGCGGCCUCUCCCCCUUCCUGGGAGACGAUGACACAGAGACCCUAAACAAUGUCCUGUCUGGCAACUGGUACUUUGACGAGGAGACCUUUGAGGCUGUGUCAGAUGAGGCCAAAGACUUUGUCUCCAACCUCAUCGUCAAGGAGCAGGGAGCCCGCAUGAGCGCUGCCCAGUGCCUCGCCCACCCCUGGCUCAACAACCUGGCAGAGAAAGCCAAGCGCUGUAAUCGACGCCUCAAGUCCCAGAUCUUGCUUAAGAAAUACCUCAUGAAGAGACGCUGGAAGAAAAACUUCAUUGCCGUCAGCGCUGCCAAUCGCUUCAAGAAGAUCAGCAGCUCGGGAGCACUGAUGGCUCUGGGGGUCUGAGCCCCAGGAGUGGCUGAGGCCUGGAUGCAGCUGCACAGUGGCCAGGGCUGAGGCCACACAGCCCAGAAGGCCAGCGCAGACGGGCCAGACCCCAGGGUGGGCUGGCCAGGACAAGGCUGCGCCAGGCUGGGAGGCUCGGGGCUCCCCACGCCCCCACACAGUGACUGCUUCCCCGAUGAGAGCUGCCUCGGAUGUGGUCUGAGUCCAUCCUGCUAACGCCUUCCCAGACGGGGCUCCGGCCCUUCAGCCGCAGCCCAGGCGCCACAGGCUUGUUGAUCCCUCCCCGGCUCCCUCCUUUUGGAACUGCUGCCCUGCCCUGCUUGGCCCCACCAGGGCACCCCUGGCCUGGGCUUGCUCCUAGCUGAAGUAGGAGGGCUGGGGGUCCUGGCGUGUGGGGCUCCUACGGCUGUGGAUGGGAGGCUCCAGGCGGGGCAGGAAGGCAACGAGGUCGAUUCCUGAGGCCCAGCUGCAGCGGAGACAGAGCAGGCUUUGUGAGAAAGGAUCUUUAUGCCCUGCCCACCUCCCCACACCCAACAGAUAAGGCCCAGCACACGCCAUCUGGCCAGGUCCAGCUCCCGCCCACCUUCCUGGCCGACCACCAACACACAGGAACUCUGUGUGAGAGAGAGGACGCCCAGCCCAGGCCUGGUGGAGGGGGCAGGGAGGGGCCUGGGGCACACGGGAGACCACCCCCGAGCUUGCUAGAGGGCCAAGCCGGCUCCGCCUAGCCACUCUGGACUCCUACCCCAGGGGUCAUCCUUGGGCCUCAGAUGGUAGGGUCAGCGGGCCCAGGAGUAGCGAGAAGGCCAUGGGGCAGCCCCCAACCUGCUCUCAGCUUGUGCCUUGUAAAUAAAUGUACAGGUUGGAUGUGGCCUCCUUCCCUCUGUGUUCACUUAGGUGAAGUCACAGACAACUCCUAUUCAUUGAGAACUACUGUUCGCCAGGCACAUUAGUGACAUCCAUCGGUUCGCAGUGUAGUGGUCACCAGCACAGCCUCAGUAGCCAGACUGCCCAGUGCAUGAUCUGGGCAAGUGGCUUCCUUACUUUGUGCCUCAGUUCCCUCAUCUGUGAGAGAGAGGUCACAGCACCAGCUAACAUUUAUUGGGUGACUAUUGCGUGUCAGGCUCUUUUUAAGCACUUGCAUGUGUAUUAACUCACUUACUCUUCACUGAGGGGGAAACUGAGGCUCAUAGAGGGGAAGAAACUUAAAGACUACUUGACAAGUCAGAAUCUAGGGCUUGAAAUGGAUUCUCCCAUCUCCCCAAGCAGGGUUCUGCUCACGAGCCACUCUGCUUCUC